AUGACGUCACAUCUGUACUAUUCGCCCAGUACCGUGUCACCCCGGGUGUCCAUGAGACUCAACAAACCCAGGGCCAAACAGACUGUCACCACCGUGAGACGAAGCUUGAGUCUAGGUCGGGAGAUGACCACCGACUUUCUCACUCUGGCCUGUUACAACGCGAUAGCCACUGGUCAGCUGGGUUUAUUGAAAGCCAUCUACAAGACGGGUAAAGCUCCAGAGGUAGACAAACAAGGAAACACCCCCCUGCAUGUUGCAGCCAAAUGUGGCCAACUUAGAUCGUUAAGAUGGCUGCUGAUGCACUCAAACACCCCACUGCUGGCCAAGAACUCUAGAGGAGAAACGUGCGCGCACGUGGCGGCGCUGCAGGGCCAGCUGAAGUGUCUUCAGGCCGUCGUGUUGUCCAAGCUGGAAAAGGCGAGCACUAUCGCGUGUGAGCGCGACAACAUGGGCAUGACGGUGUUACACCACGCCACCAUAGGAAACAGGGACGUCGUCGUCCAGUGGCUGCUGCAGGAGUUCGGGAAGGACCUCUGUCUGGUGAAGUCGUGUGACGGAGUCCUCGCCAUUCACCUAGCGGCUGCUGCAGGAGCGACACCCGUGUUCUACUCGGCCCAGGAGGGAAACCUCAACUGUCUCCAGUUUCUGUUCGAACACGCGGAAGGCUCGCUCAACAUCAUCGCGUUCGAGGGGAUGACGUCAUUUCUAUCCGCUGCUGAGGGCGGCCAUCUUGAAAUUAUCAAGUUCAUUCUGGAAAAGCAAGGUCACGAGGCACUGCUGUCCACGACCAAUGACGGGGCAACUGUGUUUCACUACGUGUGCAGUGCCGGGAACGCCAGCAUAUUGAAGUUCCUGUUGGGACUCCCGGACACUGCCGACUUGUUACGAGUGAGCGACGCAUACGACCGAACUCCAGCCCACGACGCGGCAGAACACGGACACGUGAUUUGUCUAAAGUUGCUGAUGGAAGCAAGCAUGAGUUUAUACUUACCUGAUAAGAUCGUCUUUUUCGGUCUUAUUUGUUGA